UAAUCAUCCCCUGCCACUAUCCUAUCCAGGUCUUUUACUGCCACUACUACUACUUUCUUCUUUUUAUUCUUCUUCUCCUGAACUUCUGCACCGAAAUCCUACCAUGUCUUACCCCCGCGUGAUCACGGCUUCUUUCCUUGCCUGACCGGCAUGGCAGCACAUCUGCUCCGGGGAGAAUGGCCCUCAAGCAUCGUGACUACGCCCUUCUGGGCUUUGGUGGGUUUAUCGCUUGGGGUCUGGCCGUAAAAUGGCUCCCAGUGCUAAGAUACCUUGUCUAUGCGCUGGCUCUGGGUAUCUUGCUAUCCUCGGCCGUCUUCCUCAGCCUCGUGCUGCUCACGGCGCGCUCUCUGAAUCACGCAACUUUGACUUCUCCCAAGCCUCUCCCAGUCGCCUUCCUCGCCCGUCGCCAUUGGGAAAAGGAGAUGCAGGCAGUCCGAACCCGCUCGAUCUAUCAUCCACCGUCCCUGUACCCGCAAUCCUUUGUCGUCUCGGAAGGCAUUGACGAGCUCCUGACGCUAGCCACCCGGGAUUUCAUCGCAUCGUGGUACCAGCAUAUCAGCCCCAACCCCGCAUUCGUGAACGAGGUGGAUCAAGUAAUUCGAACGGCAAUCGGGAAUCUACGCCAUAGACUAUUAGCAGAGGACCUCAUCUCCCUCGUGGUAUCCCGUAUCUUCCCCGUCAUAACGGCCCACCUCAAAGAGUUCGAGGUUGCAGAGCGGUUGGUACGGGGCAGGAACCUCACCCGCAAUGUCACCGAGUCGGAGGAGUUGGACCUUGCUAUCGCGAGCAAGUAUCGCGAGGGGCAUUUGCAUCCAGCGGCAGUGCUCUCCGUGUCUGACCAAAAGCUUAUGGAGCAGGAAUACCUCCGCAAGAUUGCCGUGGGAUUACUGCCGCAGCUAUUCCCUGAAUCCGUCCUCAACAGCCGCAUUGUCUCCGUGUUAAUUCGUGAGAUUAUCGCGUGUUCUGUGCUUUUCCCUCUCGUUUCCGUUCUAUCCGACCCGGACACAUGGAAUCAAUUAAUGGAGGCUUAUGGCCGAACGGCGAUUCAAGACCGUAAGACUGUGCGGAAACUCAGGGCGGCCCUGGAUGAGCAUGCAUCGCCCGCUCCCAAGUUCAAAAGGGGCCAUCCGUUUCCUCGAUUAACCCCCCACGAUUCAGAGCGCGCUUUCGAGCGAUUUGUCCGAGCCAUCCGGCGCUGUAACAAUAUUUCGGACGCCAGGCGGUUCAGAGCCCUUGUGGCUAGCCAAUUGAAACGAGAGACAAUGGUAGAAGGGCAAGACCAGGUCUACCUUCGACGACUGGAAACAGGCAAGAGGGUCUUGGAUCAGAAAGUAGCUAAGCUUUCCGCACCGGGAGGCACUCAGAUGACGCACGCCUCCGCGGCUGUAUCCCACUUUCGUCGUAAAAACUCAGUUCCUCAGGAGGCUUCAUUGGUGGAUGUCAUGCACGAUGCCUCGGGGCUCUCCUAUUUCAUGGAAUUCAUGGACCGGCAGCAGCUCAUGUCCCUGGUGCAGUUCUGGAUUGUGGUCGAUGGGUUUCGUAAUCCCCUGGAGGAUGAUUUUGGAGAUGAGAGUUCUCCAAGCUCCACGACCUGGACACCGGCCGACCGGAGUGAUAUGGCGCUGAUCAGCGAGACCUAUCUUUCGAAGCCUGAACUGAAGGUCACGGAUGAGUCGCGUCGAGUAGUUAAAACUUUCCUGAGUGCAGGGAAGCGAGCCAGCUCGGAGCAAUAUCGCAAGGCCCGGACAGUGAUACUGAGCACUCAGUCCGCGAUCCUUGAGGAGCUUCAGGAGACCUACUACCCCAGAUUCAAGCAAUCCGAUCUCUACUACAAGUAUCUUGCCUCAGAUGAAGCUUCCCAAGCCGGCACUCAGUCGCCCCAACGCAGCUCCCCAAGUAUCACAGAGGUGCCCGAAAGGCGACCUCUUCCUCCCCUAAUGAGUCGUACCUCAUCUCAACCAGGAGCCAAGUCCAAGGAUUUGCGACGAGCGGCGGUAUCUUCGAGUGAUGUUCGAAGUAUGGGUAAAUUGUUUGACGAUGAUGAAUCUUCGAGGCGCUCUUUUGACUCUGAACGGUCCGCACCGCUGUUCGACGAUGACUACGACACUGAUCCUCUUGCGAUGUCCACACAGAGCCUAGGUAGGGACUCACAGAAUGGCGAGACUGAAGCGAACCAGAAUGAAGUCAUCGAAAACAUGGAGGCGGCGUUGAACGACAUCAUUGCCAACGAGCCAAAAAAUAGUAGGAUUGAAGAUUUGAAGAGCGCCGAUGUAUCUCCAACCGGGCUGCCUGGUAGCGACCAGUACCCCAAGUCUCCGCGCAGCUCGAUGGUGCUCACUCGAGCAGAAAGCCGGACAGACGACAGAAUCAAACCGAGCAUUGCCUCGCUGGGCCUUGUAGACCGGUCUUCACGCCUCGGAGUUUUCGAUGAUGAUCUUUUCCCCGAACAGCAGAAGUACAUCGAAGAUGAAUAUGAAGAGCCUGUGGGAACAGACAAUGACUCAGCUGACCAGGUCCAUGAAGCGGCUCCCGGGGAUCUCGGGCUGACAGAGGCUAUCGAGGCUCUCACAGCAGACAUCGAUAAGCUCGGUUCUCAAGAGUCAGUGGUGGACACUCUCACUCGAAAAGCCGAACUCACGAACAACACUGCGGAAUUGAGGAUCCUGCGCAAGUCCAAGGCGAGCAUUCAGCGCGAGAUGCACCGCAAAGAGAUGCAACGACAGCAGUACAUCAUCCAAGAGAGUGACAACAGCUUGUACGGCCGGUCGACCGUCCGCAUCAAGUCCAUUGUCGUUGGAAAAGAGGAGGAUGGUCGAGAAUUCGCCAUGUACGUGGUCGAGGUGCAGCGAAACGCUGGCGAGCAGAUGCCGGCGGCUUCCUGGGCCGUUGCCCGAAGAUAUAGCGAGUUUCACGAACUCCAUCACAAACUGCGCAUGAGAUACCCAUCCGUCCGUCAUUUGGAGUUUCCACGCCGGCGUGUAGUCCUCAAGCUCCAGAAAGAGUUCUUACAAAAGCGACGCUUGGCCCUGGAAGCCUAUCUGCGAAAGCUACUGUUGCUUCCCGAAGUAUGCCGGAGUCGUGACUUAAGAGCCUUCCUUUCCCAACGGGCCAUCAUUCCUCGUAAUGAAGCCCAGAGCUCUACAAACGGAGAGACCAAAGACUUGGUCACUCGAAUAUAUAACUCAGUCGCCGAUGGUAUGGACGACUUCCUGGGUAACUUCGGCGUAUUGGACCAAUUAUCCACGGCCGGGCAAAACCUCAUUUCCGCCGCUACCAACCAGCAAGCCACCGCAGUACCUGACUCGGAUUUGGCCACAGAGGACGCAGUCACCGCUGCUGAAGCCGAAGCGGAAUUGAAUGCAUUCGAGGAUCGCGAGCUGGAGCCAUUCAUCAAGCCGAUCUGUGACCUGUUUCUGGAGGCCUUCGAGCUGAACAAGGGCAACAACUGGCUGCGCGGGCGCGCCGUCGUCGUCGUCCUGCAUCAGCUGCUAGGAGGCACGAUUGAGCGCAAGGUACGCGAAGGAGCACGCUCCCUAAUCCAGGACGACUCACUGUUGCGGUACUUCUCUCUGGUCAGGGACACCAUGUGGCCGGGAGGAGUUCUCCGCCAAAGCAAAAUCCGCACCGCGUCGGAGCGACUGAAGAGUCGCACCGAAGCCAGCCUGGUCCUGGCCACGCUGAUCCCCGAUCUAGCAGGCAAUGUAGUUGGACGAGCGAACGCGCAAGCCGCAGCACGGAGGAUCUUCGCGACUCUGAACAACCAGCGACUGAAUGCGCAUCUAGUGUUCACCAUGCUCGACGAGAUCGUGUUGGUUUUGUUUGGGGGAGGGGACGCGGGACGAACCCGUUGA